UGAAAAGAAUGAACGCUUCCUUCAUUACCCUUAUCCCUAAAUGUAAUAACCCCACAGCAUUUACGGAAUACAAACCACUCAGCAUGGUCGGGAGCUUAUACAAGGUAAUGGCAAAGGUUUUAGCCAAUAGAUUCAGAGUGGUUAUUGAGAAUGUUAUUAGUCCGAACCAAUUUACAUUCAUCAAAAGUAGACAAAUUAUGGACUCCACGCUCAUUGCUAAUGAGCUUGUUGACUGUCCUUAGAAAAGGAGAGAAGGUGGGAAUUCCUCCUCAGGUCAAGCAUAAGUGCAAAACAAAUAGGUCUGGUCUAGAGAUUUCAUUUUCAGAAAGCAGAAGCUGUUGUUUUCCUUGAGUCGAGAUCCUUCCAAAUGGGAUUUCAGGAAGAAUCCUAACUACCUGUCUGGUUUCCAAAAAGCUUGGUGAUCAUUGUGCAGGUCGCAAGUGCCACAGCCACAUUCGGGAUGACCUUCUCCUCCUCAAUGUCUGUUGUAGAAUACUACCUUCUGAACCGUUUCCCAGUUCCUUAUGCUCUCUACUUCAUUGUUGUGUCCAUCAUUGCGGCCUUAAUAGGUCAACAAGCUGUCGAUAGCCUGAUCAGAUUAACCGGAAGGAAAAGAAUCCAUUAUCAUCUUUGUUCUAGCCUUCACGAUAUUCGUCAGCGCCCUUUCACUGGGAGGGGCUGGCAUAUCAGGCAUGGUUGAGAAGAUUGAGCAGAAUGAUUACAUGGGAUUUGAGAACCUCUGCAAAUACGAGGAUUGCCUUAUUCUUUGCAGCAACUACUUUUCACUUGUGUUGGUUUCCUGUAUUACUACCGCAUGCAAACAGAUUCAUGACUGUUAAUUGACGAUUUUUUUUCUCCCAAACAAAUAAA